AAAUCAGAUCUCCUAUUUCUUCACGUUCUUCGCUGGAGCAACUUUUACGCCCCUGUGAAGAUUUGUUUAGUUUGCUUUAGUUAAGAUUCAUAAAGACAGUUUGGGAAAAUCUUGAGAAAUAUGUCCCGCAAGAAGGCUGCCAAAGGCAAAGCCGGCUCCAGCAGCCCGUCUGUAAGCAGCCCCACCGGGAAAGGGACCGGGAAAGCCUCGAGGAGCAGCCCGAUGAACGGCGUGGUGCAUCCCAGCAGACCCUCCGUCAGCAGCAGCAGCGAGUUUUAUGACAUCGUCUUCAAGGUGAUGCUGGUUGGAGACUCUGGUGUGGGGAAGACAUGUCUACUGGUCCGCUUUAAAGAUGGAGCUUUCCUGGCUGGCAGCUUCAUCUCCACUGUGGGCAUUGACUUUAGGAAUAAAGUCCUGAACAUUGAUGGAGUCACGGUGAAGCUCCAGAUUUGGGACACAGCUGGACAGGAGCGCUUCCGCAGCGUCACUCAUGCCUACUACCGUGACGCCCAUGCUUUGCUUCUGCUGUAUGACGUCACGAACAAAACAUCCUUUGACAACAUACAGGCCUGGCUGACUGAGAUCCAUGAGUACGCCCAACAGGAUGUGGUGCUCAUGCUGCUUGGAAACAAGGCGGAUGCCACUCAUGAGCAGGUGAUAAAGAGAGAAGAUGGGGAGAGACUUGCAAAGGAGUUUGGAGUUCCCUUCAUGGAGACCAGCGCCAGGUCAGGUCUCAACAUAGAACUGGCUUUCACUGCGGUGGCUAAGGAGCUGAAGCACCGUUCGAUGAAGGAUCCCAGUGAGAAGUUUACGCUGCAGGAGUACGUAAACAAGGAGAUAAAGAGCACAAGCUGCUGCAGGUCUUAGAGCCUGGAUCUGACUGAGUGUGUGUGUGUAUUUAUGUGUGUGUGGGAUGGGAGGGGGAGGCGGGGGGCAUUGAAUUUGAGACCAACCUUUGCAUUACCUUGUGUGGUUUUGUUAUUGUUAUGGGAUCUUCUCACACCAGAAUGUACGGUGUUUUUGCAAGAUACUUAUAUUUCACAUCAAUUUAAAAUGUCAGUGACAGUCAACGUGUAGGUUUGUCCUCCUGGUCAGUGUGUGGAUGAAUGCUCAUAAUAGAUGUUGUGCAUAGUGAAGCUGGUUCUGUCCUUGGUUCAGUGUUCAUGUCAGUAAAUGGACAGGCUCUUUGGCUCUUUGGAGCCAAUUUAGCUCACCAGCAUAAACUCAAUCAUGAUUCAGAUAUGGACAUGUGGGGAUAUGUCUCUCUUGGAGUAUGUCUCGCAAUUGAUGUCGCUUUUUUGUAUAGAACCAUAUACGGUAUGGAAUAGCAUCAUUAGCUACAAGUAUACUUUUAUUACAAUUUAAUUCAUGCUAUUAUGGGAGGAUCGAUGUUGAGUCUUGGAAAGCUCUAACGCGACCACUCUUCCUUUUAUUGUCUUUAGUUUUUAAAUGAUUUUAAACACAAUUUGACUGAUGUAGACACUUUUUUUCUUUAUGUAAAAAAGUGUUGAUGGGGAAGAAAAGCACGUUAGAUGGUAAGUAAGAGUGUGGAUGAGGUGUUAGGGGGGUAGACCCACAGUAUGUUGACGAUGUCACCCAAGGUAUUGUUACACAGAUGUGCAUACCUCUUCAUUUGUUAUGUUUAAUGUAGAGUUAAAUGUGCAAACAUCAGUGGGCUGCUAUAAUUUUUUAUUCAUGAAUAUAUAAAUGGGGUAUAUAG